CCAGGCAGCCAAGGAAAGGCCAAAGCAAAACCAAGCCAAACGUUUUCGCGCGCGCCAACAAGUCGCAUGCGUUCUCUCCUUCGCGCCGACGGACAGUUCAAGUUCAAAAACUCAAUUUUUCGGAUGUACUCGGCGAUUUGGCAGCGUUGAUGCCAAUAUCCGGCGAUAGAGUCUCAAGUGCUUUUGCGUCCCGCUAAAAAGAAUUCAAUAAAUUCAUUCAUUUGAAUUCUUCCCCGUGUGUGUUGUGUUGUGUCUGGGCGGUGUAAACAAGAUUUCGCCCAAGUGUGCGGUGUGUGCGUGGCAUGUGCUCUGCCCAUCCACAUCCUGUUUAAGUGGCAUCCUAAAUGAGAUGCGACGCCCGGAAUCGCUUGAAAACACGAGAAACACGGAAAACACUUUAACGCAAAUCUGUACGGAAUUGGAUGCAAAAAUGCAGCAAGCCAACGAGCCAUGAAAAAAUCAAAUUAAUCAUGUUGGCUUAAACAAUUUCCGUUUUGUUGGGCAAGGAAACGGGCAUUAAACGAGGGGAAAAUCGAGCGAACUCAGUACAUUUCGCCCAGAUGAUAGCCAACUUGGUGAGCAUGGAAACGGACUUGGCCAUGAACAUCGGCCUGGACACCUCGGGUGAAGCCCCCACAGCCCUAACCCCCAUGCCGAAUGUCACCGAGACGCUGUGGGAUCUGGCCAUGGUGGUCAGCCAGUCCACACAGUGGCCCCUCCUGGACACCGGCUCCUCCGAGAACUACAGCGAACUGGCCACCACCGAGACACCCUACGUGCCCUACGGCCGGCGACCGGAAACCUACAUCGUGCCCAUCCUCUUCGCCCUGAUCUUCGUGGUCGGUGUCCUGGGCAAUGGCACAUUGAUUGUGGUCUUCCUCAGUGUGCGACAGAUGCGAAAUGUUCCAAACACCUACAUUUUAUCACUGGCCCUGGCCGAUCUGCUGGUUAUCAUAACCACAGUGCCGCUCGCCUCCACAGUUUACACAGUUGAGUAUUGGCCAUAUGGCAGCUUCCUGUGCAGCCUGUCGGAGUUCAUGAAGGAUGUGUCCAUCGGGGUGUCGGUGUUUACGCUGACUGCAUUAUCCGGCGAUCGCUACUUUGCCAUAGUGGAUCCUUUGAGGAAGUUCCACGCUCAUGGAGGUGGUCGUCGCGCCACUAGAAUGACCUUGGCCACCGCGGUUUCCAUUUGGCUGCUGGCCAUACUCUGCGGACUGCCAGCUCUAAUUGGAAGUAACCUAAAGCAUCUCGGCAUAAACGAAAAGUCCAUAGUCAUUUGCUAUCCGUAUCCGGAGGAGUGGGGCAUCAACUACGCCAAGUCCAUGGUCCUGUUGCACUUCCUGGUCUACUACGCCAUUCCUUUGGUGGUCAUAGCUGUUUUCUACGUGCUCAUCGCCCUCCAUUUGAUGUAUUCGGCCAGUGUUCCUGGUGAAAUUCAGGGAGCUGUGCGUCAGGUUCGUGCCCGUCGCAAAGUGGCUGUUACUGUGCUGGCCUUCGUUGUCAUCUUUGGAAUUUGCUUUCUGCCCUACCACGUCUUCUUCCUCUGGUUCUACUUCUGGCCCACCGCCCAGGAUGAUUACAAUGCCUUUUGGCAUGUGCUGCGCAUCGUCGCCUACUGCAUGUCCUUUGCCAACAGCUGUGCGAAUCCUGUGGCCCUGUACUUCGUGAGCGGCGCCUUUCGCAAGCAUUUCAAUAGAUAUCUGUUUUGCCGCGGAGCAAGUGGACGGCGCAAGAAGCGCGGCCAGCACGACACCUUCUGCAUGCACCGGGACACCUCGCUGACCAGCACGGCCUCCAAGCGCUUCCAGUCCCGGCACUCCUGCUACCAGAGCACCAUCCGCAGCUGUCGCCUGCAGGAGACAACGAUAACCACCCUGCCAAAUGGCGGGAAUCAGAACGGAGCCCCCAUUUCAGCCGUGGAAUUGGCAUUGCCCGUGCUCCAAGCACCAGGCCACAAUGAAUCACCCGCACCGCCGUCCUAUGGAUUUUUGCCGCUUAACGAGAUUGGCCAGCAGACCAGGUCGAGUCCAGCCAAGUUCCAGGAAUCGCUGUUGAAUUGAAUCGCGCAGAGAAAUCGUGGCUGAUUGGAUUUAAACGGAGUUUACAGGAAUUCGGGCAACCGCUAGCCAAUGCAUUCUUAUCACUCUAUCGAAAUCAAAAGUUAAUGUAUCUAAAAGCUAAAGAUUUUACAUCUACAAUUUGAAAUGAUUUCAACAUUAGGCACACUAUUUACAAAAACAGUUUCCAAUUUAUUUUUUAGUAUUUCUGAAGCAUAUUAUUAAUUAAAUUCGUUGGUUAUAUGGGUAAUAUAUUACAUUUAACAUUGGGACACUAAACAUGAAUUCGAAUGUAAAAACCAAAAAGUUGCCAUUAAAAACCACUUAAAAAUGGCAACGAAUCAAAGUAACAAAGUUCUUACUUAAUGUAAAUAAACAAAUACCUAAGAAUUUUGAUGUAUUUUUCUGUGUCACAGCUAUGGAAAUUAAUCCAUUAAGUAAACUAAAGUAUUGCAGCCGUGGCGCGGCUUUAAGCUAAACAUAUUUUACCUAUAAAUUAUAUUAGACUUAUUGUGUGCUCUUAAAUAGACCAAGAGAAACUUUGUAAAUACAUUUUUAUGUGCCAGCAUAUAGAGUUGAAAAUAAAUGUAAAUUGUGCGUUUAAAAA